UACCUUCUUCGCAGUCGAUUGGUUUUGCUGUUCGCUGCGCCUCCUCCAAUGGCUACCACCGACAGCCGCAUAGAUGAUAAACAGUUCUUAUCUCCGCGUGCGGACGUGGCGCUGGCGCCAGGCUGUGUCACCACGCCCGCCCUUGCUAAAGAGCAGCGCCCGCAGGUGGUGCCCAGCCCCGAAGCCCCGGCGUCAGGUGCCAGCGACGCAUUCCGACCAUCCAGCCCGCAGCUGCUGACGACUUCCCGCCGCAGCCUCUCCUCGGCCUCCUCGGCGUCGCCCUCUCCGCCCAACGAACGGCCGCUGCCUGCCCGCUCGCCGCUGCGGCCUAGCCUGUUGCCUCUGGAACUUGACACGCGCAGCACAGGCGCCCCCGCCACCUCCGGCCUUACGCCGCAGCCGCCUGCGGCAGGCAGCCCGGCCUCCGCCAGCAUCAGCCCCCGCCUGCGCACCGUGUCAGGUCGCUUCUCGCCCGCCGCCGCCGCCGGCAGCCCCUGGAACAGCAUGGAGAUGGGCGGCCCCGCCGCCACCGGCAACAGCAGCAGCAGCUUGACCCUGGGCCUGGUGCGAGAGGCGCCCUCGCCACAGCCACAGCCGCAGCUACAGCCGCACCUGCAGUCGCAGCGCAUCCCAAGCACCACGCUGGAUGCGCCGCCCACGCCACCCGCUGCGCCGGCCGCAGCUGCGACGGACUCCUUCGGCACGCCGCUGGCGGCGACACCUGCGGCGGCGCCCGCGCAGGCGGCGGCGCUGGCCCCUGCUUCUGGCGCCGACCCCUGGUCGGAGCUUCAGGCGCACUGCAUGGCCGUGUACGGCGGCGACCUGGACAGCAGCGAUGAGGAGGAGGGGGACGCGCCGGGGCACGGGCCGGCGGGCGGCGGCAGGUGGCCGCCGCACUUGCUGCCUGGGCGCCGCAGCGGCGCCGGCGGGUUUGCGGCUUCGGGCGCGGGGCAUGCCGCGCAGCCAGCGGGUGCGGUCGCAGGUGGUGAUACGGGUGCGCAGGUGAGCGCGCGGCACGCGGCCGCGGCGGCAGCUGCGGCGGAGGCGCUUACGGCUGUGCGCCGCCGCAGCCUCAGCCCCUCGCUGCAUGCUGCUGCGGCUACUGCUGGCGCGCCGCGCACGCUGACUACGGACACAGCUGUCGGCGGUCAGGGCCAGGGCCACGACACCGCCGGCCGUCCGCCCGGAGCCCUCCCGCUGCAGACGCGCCACACGGCCGGCGGCCCGCAGCCCCGCAGCGGCACCGGAGCAACCGCAGCCGCUGCGCCUGCGGCGACGGGCCUGCUUCGGCGCUCCCAGCCGCCGCCAGCGCUGCUGCGCACCCGCUCCGCCACCUCGCAGUUCGCCGCCGCCAGCGCCGCCGCCGCCGCCACGGCAUCCGCCGGCGCCAGCCCCGGCGUCGGCCCCUCGCCCGGCAGCGUCGGCCGUCCGUCCCCCGGUGGCGCCGUCACGCAACCCGGCAGCAUCAGCAGCAGCGCCGGCGGCACGGGCCCCGGCAGCGCCGCCAUCCGCGCUGCCGGCGUAGCCGGCACCCGCAGCACCGGCGGCGGCGGCUUGGCGGCGGCAGGCGAGCUGUACGGCUCCUAUCUGGCCACUGACCCCGGCAUGGCCUCACCAGGACUCAUGUCGUACGGCGCAGCCAGUAGUUUCCUGUCGCAGCAGGGCAGCACCAUCCACGGCGCCGCCGCGGCGUACGGCGCCGCAGCCGCCGCAGCGGUGGCGGCGGCAGCCGCGUCGCCGGGCGGCUACUACAGCCCCACGCCCGGCGGCGGCGCCAGGUCCUUCGCGAAUGUGGGCAGCGGCAGCGCCGCCGCCGCCACCGCCGGAGGCAUGGGCGUCGGUGGCGGCCACACGGUCUCCGGUAGCGGGGCCCUGAUCGCGGACGGCCUCGCCUCGCCUAUGAUGGGCACGACGGACGGCAGCGCGGCCGGUGGUGGCGCCGCGGCGGCGGCGGGCUUGGCGCCGUUCGGCUCCAUGAUGCUUCAAACAGGCGGCAGCAGCGCUGACAUCGCUGCUGCGGCCGCGACAAUGCCGUCCGAGCUUUCGGCGGCCAUGUUCACGGACAGCGCUGACGGCGGUGCCGCCGCGAUUGCGGCGGCGGCUGGCGUGCUGCCGCGCAAGUCCGAGAGCGGCGGCGCUGCCCUGACCGCUGCCAGCAUCCUGGACGUAACGCCCGUCACCGACGCCGGCCGUCUGCGACGGUUGUCACACGAUGGCCUGAACAAGCACGCGCGCCGUUUCAACAGCAACGGCAGCGGCGGCGGCGUCUUGAGUGAGGGCGGCGGCGUGAUAGACGGCACCGCCGCCAGCGCUUCCGGCGCCACGCAGCCCGCCGCUUCUGUCACCGAGCCCGGCGCCGUCAGCAUGUCGUCGCUGGCGGCGGCGGGGGCGGCGGCGGCGCAUGGCGGCGCCGCCAGCGUCAGUGGAGCUGGCGGCGCCGUCAGCAGCAGCGGUAGCGGCACUGCCAGCUUCGCCGCUGCCGGCAGCAAGGCGCCGCUGAUUUCGGCGUUGGCCUUUGAGCGCGCGCCCUGGACGUCGCCGCUGGGCGGCUCCACCUCCGCCUCGGCGUCCGCCUCCGCCUCCGCCACCGCCUCCGCCGCCACCUCGGCGCUGCCGUCGCCGGUGCCGGCGGCCCUGGGCCUGAAUCCGGGUGGCAGCUCGCCCCUGGGCGGCUCGAGUGGCGGCGCCGCCGGCUGGGCGCGUUCCCUGGCAUCGCCGUUGGAGCGAGUGGCGGCGGCGCGGUCGGGCCUGGCGGCGCUGCAUGCGGACGCCACCGCCACCAUCACCACCGCCGCCGCCGCGCUCGGCAGCGCCGCCGGCGCCGGCGCGGAUGCCGUGGCCGCGGCCGCCACCAGCGUCGUGGACAAGCUGCGCGGUUACCGCUCCUCCAAGACCCUGGUCAACUCGCUCUCCCUCGCCGCCAACGCCGCUGACACGGCGCCGCUGGCGACCGGCGCCGCAGGCGCCACCGCGGCCCCGGCCGCGACCUCGCCCAAGCGCCUGGGCCACUUCGUAUCGAUGCGCAACAUGCGGCCUACAGCGAUGCCAUCGUUCCUGGAGCGAUUGAGUAACGCUGGCGGCGGCAGCGGCGGCGCCGCCGGCGGCCGCAGCGGCCGCACCAGCUGGGCUGGCAGCGCCACCGGCCCCGGUGCCGGUGCGUUGAGCCGCAACAGCAGCCGCCGCAGCGUGAGCGGCGGCGCCUCAGCCCUCGUGAGCGGCAGCGACUGGGGCGGCUUGUCGGCGCUGCACAGCGCCAACGCGUCGCAGGCGAGCGCCGGCGGCGGCGGCGGCGGCAGCUUCCGUCGCCGCCGCGACGGCCGCUGCAGUCUGGACGGUGGCGUGGGCACGAGUGCAGAGCUGGGGUUGCAUAGCUUCCAGAGCCACCAUCAGAACCAGCAGCACCAUCAGAAUCACCAGCACCACCCGCACCAGCAGCAUGCGAGGAUGCCAGCCGUCAGUGAAUCCGGCGGCGCCGCCAGUACCGGCGGUGCUGCUUCCUCGGCGGCGAUGGCGGCGGCAGCGCUUGGCGGCGGCAGCCAACGUGAGCUGCUGCUGCCGCGCGGCCCCACCGGCGUCCAGCUGGCUUGGUCGGUGAUUGACGAGGACGAGGACGAGCAUGAGGUCGCGGGCGAAGCCGGUGAGGGAGGGCAGGCGGCACAGGUGGAGGCGGCGGCGGCAGCUUCCGUCGCCGCCAGCCGGCAAGCGCGGCUAGUGGCGCGGGCCGGCGGCGGCAUGGUGCGGGCGGUGAUAUUGGAAGAUGGUGAGGAGGGUGAGAGCGAGGACGCGCAGGACACUGAGGAGGAGGAGGAGGAGGAGGAGGAGGAGGAGCAGGAGGAGGAGGCGCAGGAGCGAGAGGAGGAAGACGGCUUCAGCUUUGCACGGAACGGUGCUGGCCCAGUGAACCUGGGGCAGCGACCCGACCUCUGACGGGGCUGAGGCGGAGGCGCCGGGUGGGAGUCGGGCGGGGAGUCAUGCGGACGGUGCGGAGGGGCCUGGUUGUUGUGUGAUACGUCAAGACCGACGUCACGUCGCGGCAAAGACCGAUGGGCAGCCGCGAAGCCGUGACAUGCACCCGGGAUUUGGUGUACGUGUGUGUACUGCAGGCUGGUGCGGCUGUGUGUAUUUUACGAGCAGGCGGGCUGCUGGUUGCGGGUUGGGCAAUUUUGCGUCUGUUGGCAGGGUGGUUUCGGUGUCGGUUCAACGCCGACUGGGGUCCCGCUGACCGCGAAGGCAGGUCAAGGGGCGGUCACAGGGGUUGAUACAGUCGUAAUUGUUCUUGGUUUGUUGCGGUGACGCAUGACAUGAAUGACACGUGAGCAGGCGGCUAGCAGGUGUGUUUGGGCAGGUCUCCGGGCCCUUCAGCCCGCGGGAGGCAUGCGGCUGUGGGCCUGGUGUUCGUGCAGUGGCUCUGCGGCCCGGCCCGGCCCCAUGGCGGCGAGGCCUCCUGGGCGCGCCCACAGCGACAAAGACAACAACUCACAUUGAUGCCAUGGAAUUUAUCUGACUGGCAGGUGCAACUGUUGGGGGGUGCUGCUUGCCGUUUGAUGAUGGGCAAGUGGAGGUGCGUGCGUGCAUGCGUGCGUGCGUGCGCUCAUUCCCGACUGGCUGAUUAGGACGACUGGGGAACUCGGAAGCUUCAACUAUGGUACUCGCAAUUGGGCAAUUGAGAGUUGUGCCCACAAUAAUCUUAAGCUGUACGGUAUCAAUUUGUUGUUCUGUUGAGCUGGGCGCUGCCUGGCAGGCGGCGGCAGUGCGCCCGAGAUAAGCCCGCAGCAAGCAGUGAGGCCACAACAUAGCCCUGUACCACGACUGAGGAUCUGCCUGAUGGAGAUACCGUAGUGCCGCUGGUACCUCCGCUGCUGCGUUGCCUUGACGGUGUGAGUGAUUCUCCUGACAGCAGGGCCGCUGGUCGGUGCGGUGCAAGGGCUCCGAAGGGCGUGCAGGGGGCGAGCGGAGGAUCGGCGCCAUGUGUAUGUGUGUGGGAAGGGCAGGACUGGCGCAGGCGCCGAUAACGACUGGCAGGGGUAUGUGCUUGGCAGCUUCCAGUAAAGGCUCAGCCCCAAAAAGGGGCGAGCCAUAGCGCUGCGGAGCGGGUGCGUUUCAAGCGGUUUCGGCCGUAACACGCCAGGCGGGACAUAAUUAUGGCGGAUUCUUGGUGGUGAUUGCCCUAAAGGGACAUCCCACUCAGUCGUGCAUACGGUAUCCAGUUUGAAAUACAUUCUUGUUUGGAGCCGGGCCAUGCCCUGAACAACCAUUGGCUAAUUGUGUGUCAUGGCCAGGUCAUAAAGGCGUGCAGUCACGCACGCACAGCUGCAACACCUGAAUGCAUGCUCAUGUGCGAGAGGAGGAGCAAGUGAUGGCCGGAGGAGGUGGUUUGCUUGCCUGUGAUUACGUUGCCGCGACUCGCGCGCGUGCUGUGUCUUGUUAGUUAUUCGACAAAAGCACGCAAGCCUGACUGCCUAUGUGCAGUGCCGGCAAUGGGAAAUGGGGAGUGCGGAGACAAAAGAUCUCCGACUCUGUACAAAGCAUUUGGCUCUUUCCUUAUACAGCGUCUUCUUUCCUUCGUGCAUGUGUGCGCGCGCUAUACGAUAACGCUGGCUACAAAGGGGCAGGCGCAGUCUUUGCAUGCGGGGGCGUGUGAUCACAGGCGUGUACCCGGCAUGGACUUGACGCCUGAUGCGGACAACACAGGGGACAACUGGCUUCGCAUUUCACGCCUCACAUAUCAUUGGUUGGCUGACUGCACGCGUCCUUGGGUGGAAGGUCGUGCGCCUGGAAACCCUGCCAUGAGAUUGCACUGUUGGAUGCGGACAAGCCGAAGGGAGCUUGGCCUGGGCGUGUGCCUGGUACCGCGCAAACACACACGGUGGGACAAUGUGUGUGUGUGUCGGUUGUUGGACGGGGCAGGGCUGCGGGAAGGCGCAGCCGCUCCCAUAGCCCUCGUGUGUUUGCGCUGCGUGUGUUGAAUGGGAACUGACAAGCGCGCCUGUGUGUGUGCGUGUGUGUCUCUGUACGUGUGUCAAUGAGCACAAGGAAAACAAAGCGUAGAGACGCGUGUGUGUCUUUGUACGUGUGUGCCCCCACGCACAACGCCUCGCUGCAUGGGUGGGCUGGUGCGUGGCAGCGGCCGCCGUGGGCCAAGAACGCACCCCACUGCAUCUCACACCACUGGAUGCUGGCAGUGCCUGGAAUGCAUUCUGCCGUACCGUGAGGCGUGUGAGGCGUGUGUGCGAUGGGACAGGAUUUAGGCAGGUUGGCGAGGUCCCGCGUGUGUAUGGUGUGUUAUGGCGCGUGUGCUUGUAUAACCUGGUGUGUGCUCCGAUUUUGUGUGCUUACUUUCAAGUCUUAGCGUUGCAACUCUAGCUUUGUCGUCACAAGGCAGCGGUGCUGUGGGCACAACUCCCCCCAUGCGUACCAUGCAUCACUGACGUACAUACCAUCACAUGAGAGGAUUUCCCUUCUCAAAUGUGGCAUCCCGCAUCCUCGCAGUUCCGCGGAGACUGCCUGUCUAGAAGGCUCGGGUCCCCUAAGGUCGUACCCCUGCACCGCCACCUACUCACAAACUUAAAUGCGAUGGCUACGCACACUGCUGUGUACCGGUAUCAGUCGCCGUAUCAGUCGCCGUAUCCGUCGCGGUAUCCGUCGCCUCUUGGACUUGCGGGCGUGGAGGCAGGCUGUUAAUACGGUGACUGUGUUGCAGUGAGGGGGCUUUGGAUGCCGCAGCGGAGCGAGAUCUACCCUUGGAUCUACCGACGGGACAAGAACGCGCGAUCGGCGGCAGCACCCAUGGUUGAAUCUGAUACGAGUUUCUGCGACGUAGUGGGACUGUGGGAAUCCGCUGAGGUGCUGAGCGGCGGGCCUGUAAUCCCGUGUACCG